GUCAUCUCAUUUUUUUCCAGGCACUGCAGACUUGCUGGGAGACUGCUGGGAAAGUGGGUGUAUGAAGUAGAGGCAGACAGGGCAGUGCAAGUCAAUAGCAGCAUCUUCUGGAUGUGGAUCUCCAAGUGAGCAGAGGCAUGAGAGCUCCUCAGCUGUGGAUGGUCUCCUAAGGAGUUAUGGAUGUUGAUGCACUAAAGUCUACAGAACAGAGCAGAGUCCUGGGAGUCAGUGGUCACCAGAUCCCAGCUCACCCCACAUUGGAUUUUAUCUUUUCAUUAUGUGUCUUUCCAUGAGGCAUCUUCUGAAGCCCUCAGCCUCAGUACAAUGUGGAAAUGGAUACUGACACAUGGUGCCCCAGGCUUAUGUCACCUGCCUCGCUCUUUGCUCCUCUUGUUCUUGGUCUACUCCUUGUCUGUCACCUGUAAUGAGGUCUGGGGUAGAGGGUCAGUGCGCCCCCAGGAGAUCUCCUCAAACUAUUCCAACUAUUCCUCUGGGAGACACGUGCGAAGUUACAACUACCUUCAAGGAGAUAUUCGCUGCAGGAAGCUCUUCUCCUUCCACAAGUAUUUCCUCCAGAUCGAUGACACCGGCAGGGUUAGCGGGACCAAGAAGAAUGACUGCCUUUACAGUAUAUUGGAGAUAACAUCUGUGGAUGUUGGGGGGAUUGUGGCCAUCAAAGCAAUCCACAGCAAUUAUUAUUUAGCCAUGAAUAAAAAAGGCAAAGUCUAUGGCUCGAAAGAAUUUAAUAUAGACUGUAAACUAAGAGAGAGGAUAGAGGAGAAUGGCUACAAUACGUAUGCAUCUCUUACUUGGAAAAAUAACGAGAGACAGAUGUUUGUGGCACUGAAUGGGAAAGGAACCCCAAAGAGAGGACCAAAAACGAGGAGGAAAAAUAUGAACGCCCACUUUCUCCCCAUGCCUUUAUAACAUUACAUGAAGGAUUUGAUGUAUUUUUGGACUACGGUCUUGUGAAGAACAUUUGUAAAAGAAAGAUGUUUCUGGUGGACCAUGAGUGUGUUAGGAGGACAUUGGAGGACAUUUUGUUAGUACUGUGUCAUAGAUGUGACUACAGGUGGGAUUAUAAAAAAGCUAAAUCUCCAGCUUGAAGAAUAUGUUCAUACGAUACAUGGAUAUGAGACAGAUGAUCUUCUGGGAAUGUUAUUUAUGGGAUACUAACUCAAAUUCAAAGAUCAUCAAUGCGUAUUCAGGUCCAAUGAGACGUCAGCCACAUAAGCAAUUACCAGAAGCACUUGGGUCAACACUACAGAAAUAAUGGAUAUUUCUGAUGAGAAUGUAUAGGAUCAAGAUACAUAAACGUGAUUAAACUGUUCUAAAAAAAUGACUAUUGUGUUAUGCCUGUGUACUCUACCAUCCCCUAUCCCUUCUCUGUUUCUUUGUAAGUUAUUUAUUUAAUAGAAUGUUUACUAUGUCUCUUCAGUGUGAGUCGUGUGUCUACAAUUUUGCAUCUGUUUUUUUCUCAUGAUCAAAAAAGAGAUUGGGUCCCAUUUAUCAAACUUCAACGUAUGGCAUUGUUGCCCAUUGCAACCAAUCACAAAGCAGUGUUCAUUUUUCAGGAGAAGUUUUAGAGAUGAAAGCUGAGCUCUGAUUAGCUGUAUUGGGAAACAAGGACAGUUUUUUAAAAUGAGCCCAUAUGUUUUAUCUGCUUAAAACGUCUUAAUAUGUGACAGUGUUCUAGUUAUGAAAGAUGUGGAGACAUUUAUAUGUAAAAAAAAAAAAAAUAGAAAACACUAUUUAUGAGUUGAUCAUAUAGGUGUGAAGUUAAAAGGCAGGUUAACUUGGCGGAUAGGCCUGAAAAUCGAGGCACCAAUGUUUUUUAAAUGAAAAAUGUGAGUGUUUGGUAAGUCUCUUGACAUCUAAUGCCAGUCUAUACUCAUAUUAGUACAUUAACAACUGUCAUUUACAAUGAGUUAUUAUAUAGUUUUCUCUACCAUGGUCAUUUUGUAGUUAUGGCUUGUAAGAACCUAAAAGAAGGGACUCGCUGGGCUAUACUAACUAAGCGGCAUUACAGCUGAUGUCAUCAAGAUAAGAGAAGAACUUAUUUUAUUGCAUUGAGAUUGGCUCGUGAUGUAAAUACAUCAUCAACGUAGCAUCUAAUCUGCUCUGCCCCAUUUCAGUUCUGUGCAUGGCUUCUACAAAAAGAGAUGAUAACCUGUUACAACUAACUUUACUGUGGGUGGAAAACAUCAGGACCGUAGCUAGGGGGACUGGCAGGUCCUGUUCCCUGGAUGUUGGGUUCUAGAGGGGGGGGCAUCAACAAGUCACUCUGCCUUGGCCAGUCUAGUUAGCUACAGGACUAGGGUACAGAUCUGAAACUUUGCCCCGGGAGAAGGAAAGCCUAGCUACUACUCUGGGUCAUUUAAUAUUAUCUUGUGGCAGAAAUUAUAUCAGUUUCAUAUUUACCGCUUUUAUAAUAGUACAGUAUGUACCUCUUUUAGAUGAUAUAA